CUAAACAACGUGGAUUUGCAUGCAUGCAUCAGCAUGCAACUAGAGCUGCUAUAUAUAUGUAGUUGAAAUAUGGGCCAUAGUCUUAUUCAGUCAACGCGGUCCAUAUAAACAGUGUUGUGUCGUACAAGCGAAAGAAAUUACAUCUGAAUUGCAUGAGCAGGGUGAGUUAUUACUUAUUACUGGUGCCUUUCAUAUUCAAAUUUACCGCGAGUUUUAAUUUUGACUGCCUGAUUUAUAGUUAUACUAGAGGCAGAUCAUCCGUCUAGACGAACUUGGGCAAACGAAAGAAUGAUAUAGUUCGUCAUCUUAUUCAUUUAGUUCGUCUGUAUGUUAACACGAGCAAACAGACAGAAAAAUAUUAAUCAUUCGACACGAAUUAUCCGGCCUAAAAUCGUACGACAAAAGUGAAAACGCGGCUAAUGCGUCUUAAUUAAACCUUAAACCCCUACGUACUGGCAUACAUUUGGCAUAUUACUAGCCUAGCUGUGUAGGCCAGCAUAUUACAUAAUUAUCUUUGCAGUUGUUUAUAAUGAUGACAGAGUACAUAUAUAUAUAUUUAGGUUUUCAGCUAUUGCAUGGUGAGGCGCCUCUGUUCGUCUUAAUGACGCAACCGAAGAUAAAACCUCAAACACAUAUUUUUUUGCCUAAGAAAUGGCAACGUUAUUACUUGUUUUGUCCUCGUGCAACGAACUCGCGAAUUCGCCAACGUUUGACGGCUCGUUGCCAAGCAUACAACUCUUGCACAGUACAGGUGCAUGUACAGCUAUAUUGUCAAAACCGAUCAUCUCGCAAAACAUCGCUGAUUAUAAUAUUCCGCAGUGGACCAUUUCUCCAAUAUUACUCAUGAAGUACUUUCCUUUCUAAAGCCCCACACACACUGGUCGCGAUUAAAAUAAAGAUAAAAAGUAAAAGCAGCGUGUGCUGGUCAAUUUACUUACUGAUGAAGCCAGUGAAUUCUGGGACAAUUGACCAUAACAAAAAAGAUGGCGGAUGUACAUUUCAACAGAAUCCAUUGCGGUCGGAAAUCGUUUAAAAAAGCGAACUGACGUCUUGUAAAGGACAGGCAUAAAACAAGAAGUUAUUUUCUUCGCUGUGUUAAAAUUUCACGUCAUUAUAAUGUGUUUUUCUUGCCAUCUUUUUUCAGUCAAUCAUUCUUAAUACCUACAAUGCAUUCUGGUAAAAUGUACAUGCGGCCAUCUUUUUCGUUAUGGUCAAUUGUAGCUACUUCUAAAGUCUAAUCUUCCAAUAUUUUACUUUUAUCAUCGUUUUCUCGCCGGAAAAUCGUAGAAUGCCACGUUCAUCGCCAAUAGUCGGCGAUGUAUUUGUUUUUGCAGGUGGCGAAGAAAAAAUACAAAAUCCUAGUUCUCAUGUGUAACCUUAUCUGUAGUCUCUGAUUAACGAAGUGCUUUGUUAUUUUAAAUAGAUUUUCUUCGGCCCCGUCCACAAACAUGUCGGUGACAUAUAAGAACCAAGCUUACCGAGCUAGACUUCACUGAUAUCGUUAUGAUAGUGGCUAUUGGACAUCCUCUCUGAAGGCCUUUCUUUCUUUGGAACAUCCUGUAUAUGAAGGCCAGUGAGUAGAACACCUGACCCUUAACUUACUGUAAAAACAUUUCAUUGCACAUUAGAAAGUUGGCAAAAGGAGGCAAAAUAUCGCAACUAUUUACGCAACUAACUAAUAUUUCUUCAUAAACUCAGAGGCUCCUCCCACCGCAGCUAUUUUGUUAUUUUGUGUCAUCACGACAUAAAAAAAGUUUUUGUUGGCGCGCUUUGCAUGAAAAGGUCUUUGAUAAAAAGCUUUGCAUGCAUAAAAGAGUUUUUGUUAAGCUCAAUACGUAAUAAAUAUUUGCGGCUUCUUAAGUGGGUGCCAUGGGACAUCCUGUACGAAGGCCUUUCUUUCUUUGAAACAUCCUGUAGGAAGGCUAGUGAGUAGAAAACCUGACCCUUAACUUACUGUAGAAACAUUGCAUUGCACAUUAGAAAGUUGAAAAUACAUUGAAUUUUUGAGGCCUAUAUAGGAGGCAAAAUAUCGCAAGUAUUAGCGCAACUAUAUAAUUAAUAUUUCUUCAUAAACUCAUGCAUGGCUUCUUCCACCGCAGCUAUUUUGUUAUUUUGUGUCAUCAAGACAUAAAAAAUUUUUUGUUGGCGCGCUUUGCAUGAAAAGGUCUUUGAUAAAAAGCUUUGCAUAAAAGGGUUUUUGUUAAGCUCAAUAUGUAAUAAAUAUUUGCCGGUUCUUAAGUGGCCAUGGGACAUCCUCUACGAAGGCCUUUCUUUCUUUGAAACAUCCUGUAUGAAGGCUAGUGAGUAGAACACCUGACCCAUAAUUAACGUAGAAACAUCUCAAUUUUAAAUUAAUUUGCACAUCAGAACGUUGAAAAUACGUUGAAUGUUCGUGGCCUAGCAGGCAAAAUAAAUUUUCUUUAAUAUAUCAUCCUAAAUUGGUAUCUACUUCAUCUUCCUUUCUUCUUCAACUUCUUUCAUUAACUUUUAGAAUGAGUGACAAGGAAGUUAAUUAUAUAAAGAAAUAAUUUAUUUCAAUGUCGUCUAGACAAAUAUCCUUUGUUAACUUGCUUGGAAGUUGGAAGUAAUUAUAGACUUUCUUCGAGAAAGCAUUAAAGUGCCCGUGUUCUCUGUUCUGCUCGCAUAUUGAGUCCAGGUUGAUCUAAAUGCAGACCACAUUCAUCUGAUGAGAAGAAAAACUCAGAAAACUCCAUCCAGCAGCAUGAAUCGUCUUGCCUUGUUUCUCUUGUUACUCAAUGUAUCUGGUGCGUUCAUGGCAACACUAAGCCCUGGAGUGACUUCAACAACCUACAAACGAUCAUGUCUUGAAAUAAAAAGAAGCGCACCCCAUGCACUGAGCGGUCUUUAUGACAUUUUGGUGGAUAACACGGUGAUCACAGUCUACUGCGAGAUGGCAAAAUAUGGUGGGGGAUAUACCUUCAUACCGCGUGAGGCUGUUAGGCGAUUCAAGCUCCCAAGCCUGAUAAAACAAAUUUUCAAGGACAAGUCAAAAGUCCUUCUUCGUUUUCAAAGAAAAGAUGGCCUACAACCAUUCACCCUCAUAACCCAACUUCCAGGCUACUCCAGACAACAAAUCGGGGUACGGAUGCAUAACUUUGCAGGCUAUAAACGUCCGCUGAACUCUGGUCUGGGUGAUUAUAUCUAUCUUGGUAUAUUACCUGCAUCCAUUGCGAAAGCCAAGAGUUUUCAAGGAUUCAGAUCCAAUGGCAGAAAUGUGGCUUUCAGAAACUGUGACGCUAAUCCAAACUCAUAUUUUGCGUUCUUCCCCAACCAUCGCGAAAGUCGCAUUAACAGUUAUCAUAGUGGAAACCUUGUUUAUGAACAACGUGGUGUCGCAGUAGACUGGCGUAACACUGGAAUUCCCUCUUACGGUCACCGUCAGAUGCCCAACAACUUCUUUUUCCUUACCGAGAUUCAUUUUGGAGGAUGUGGCACGUACACCUCAAGUGAUCGCUGGAAAGAUGCCUUUGGUACUGCAAUUGGCAUUCGUUAAAGAAAGAACUUCCAUUAUUCCAACCUUCGUCUUUUUAUAAUCAUUUCAAUGAUUUCAUCACUUAUAAAGGGUAGAGUAGAAUUAAUUUGGACGAAUUUCUGCAUAAACAUAAAUCAUGUAGAAUUUUUGAAAAAUACAUCUGGCAAAGAA